AUGGCAGUGAGAAAUUUUGCUGAUCUUGUGACCCAAUGUAAGAGGGUUGAGACUGUUUACGAUAGAUAUCCAAAAUCUAAUUCCGCAAAAGUGCAAGAGAACAAGAAGGCGGCUGGUCUUUCUGGAAGUAGCAAUAGAGGUGGAUACAUUCACAAUAACAACAGGGGAAGGGGGUUGCAAGUAAGGCAGCCUUCUGGUCAAUUUAAGAAGAGUGGAGCCUCGGGCGUAGGAACUGUCGAUAAAUACUAUACCCCACAGUAUGGUAAGUGCAAGAAAUACCACAGAGGUGUAUGUGGUGCUGGCCCGGGGGCUUGUUUUAAAUGUGGUCAGACAGGCCAUUUUGCUAGGAGUUGUCCGUCUUCUGCUGGACAGGCCGCGAAUCUGCAGGCCUGGGCAUCUUAUACUCAUACUGCGGGACAGGCUGCGAAUCUGCAGGCCUCACCGACUACUACUACUACUGCUGCUAUCCCUACUGUUGGAAGGGUGUAUACUACAACUGCUCAACAUACUGAAAAGGCCCCGAACUUGGUAAAAGGUAUAAUUUUAAUUUCUAAUGUUGAUUUGUCUGUGUUGUUUGAUACUGGGGCUACGCAUUAG